AUGAAAAUGCAUUCAUAUCAUGGCUUGCCCUCUUCUCUUCACCCUAGUCUCUUCAUUUCCGUCUUCUCUGUGACCGCAAUCCGUCCCUGUCCUGAUCGAUCCGUUACGACAAUAGGAUCGUCUCCGUGGUUGACAUUUUUACAAUACCUGCCGAACCCCGUCCGCCUGUCCCUGCGCUCCGCCUGCUGCGUCACAGCUUCUUUCCCUUCUUCCCCCCUUCGUCCCCUUGCUCUUUCCCACAACGAAACACAAUUCGAGAGCCAAGGACCCCGACCUUACACCUCCCACCAGAUCAGGUCGAGACUUCUUCCAUACAUAUUCAAACGCUCCCUCCGCUGCAACAACAAAAACGCAAGCCACCCGUGCUUUCUUUUCCCUUCCCACCCUUUUCCUUGCAACUGUCAACGGCGACGCAAUUGCAACUUCUCCGAUUCUGAGUGGGAGAACAAAUACCCAUCAUCAAGAAAGACAGACACCUACUCCAGUCCGAUUGGGCAUCCUUUCCCUCUUCAUCUCCCUCAAGUCGCUCCGACAGCACCAUCUUUUGACCUUCAUCACCCACACUCUCCUUUUCCGUCAACGGUUUCGGUUCGAUCACGCAUAUCCGAUCCAUACUCAUCAUCCUUGGACAGGACAGAACGAGUACUUGGCACCCAUCUGGAUCCCACGACACUCCUCGACGCAUCCUUGGUGGGCUGUGCCGCCUUCGACAAAGAACCUAUCGAGUUGUUUUUCUUGCGCCACGUCAGAUCCUAGAGUCGUGACGACACCGGGAGCUCUCUAUAUAUAUCGAGCGCCAUCAAUCUAGCCCUUCGGGCACGAUUUCAAAAAAAAAAAAAAACUCACCUCCCAAUUAUCCGUACCAAACACGUCCACGACCCCAUCGGCGUCAUUGCCACGGCUUAGGUCGAGCUCCAUCUUGACGGUCAUUUCGACGGCGAGUACGAGCAACAUACU